UUCAAAUGUCUUUCCUGCUGUUCUGAUUCAUGUAGUAGUGAUUUCAGACACCCGUGGUCACUGAAAUUGUACCCUGCAAUCCAGAUGAUGGCACAGACAUUUUUCUUUUCCAGUUUACACAUAUCCUAAUUCUCUGUCAUGCUUAUCUAUUUCAAUUCCCAUGUUUUUCUUUUUGAAGUUGCCUUCCCAAGCACUGACCCCACUUUCCAGACAACUUCCCUCAUCUUGGUCACACAUUGAUCAAAAGAUUCUCCAGGCUGACUCUAGUGACUUGUUCUCAAGGACUGUUGGGUUUUCACCUUCAGGCAUGGGCAACUUAACUUCUCCAUCAGUUCCAGACAGUUUUCUUUGUGACUUAGAAGAACUCUAUUCUUUGGCAUUAGCAACCUCCCAAACUGUAGCAAUCUCCCCAGGUAAUAGCAUUCACCACAUUAAGGAUGGUCACUUUAUGCCAAAUAGAGAGGUGCUUCUCAGCUCUCCUACAGCUCUUCCUCUGCCCUUUCUUGUAUCUCCCUCUGUCUCACGUUCAGCCAGCUCAUCUCAUCACAUGGCAUAUAAGCAUGUCACCAACAAUACUAAGUCAGGAAAAGAUAAAGACUUAGAAGGCAUAAUUGACCCUUUAGUUACUGAAGUACCUAGAGAUUUGUCAGAUACUACAAGAGAAGGUGAACAUGGCACUAUCCAUAACAUCCCUUUACCAUAUGAAGAAGGUUCCUUGUCCAGUGUGCUAGCUGCAAGUGCUGAAAACGAAGAGGAAAUUUGUACUGCAGAACCGUCACUUAAUAGAGGGGAUCAGUCAGAAUCUCAAGAAUCAGAUUUCUCCGGAGAAGCAGAAGACACAACAGAAGAACUGACUAGACUGUAUAUAGAGGAGGAUCUGGUACAUGACAAUUUAGAAUUCCCAAUAGCGAGUGGAGAAGAUUCUGUGGAUUGUUAUGAAGGAUAUACUUCACCAAAUAUUGAUAAGGUAUUUUAAUUUCUGACAGCCCUGACUUCUGUGUUCAGUUAACUUAGUAUAAUUAUUCUCUGCCUUGUAUUUACAUGUUUGUAUUGUGCACAGGCACACUUUUACGUAAUUACAUUUGAUAAAAUUGAGCUCUGAGCAAGCUGGUUUAAGAAGAAAGGUGUCCCUUGCCUUGGCAGGGAGGUUGGAACUAGAUGAUCUUUAAGGUCCCUUCCCACCCAAACCACUGUAUGAGUCUAUGAUUAAGAAUUGUCAGCAUUAGUGGACAGUCCCUUCUCAGAAGCAGGCAU